AAAUGUGUCCAACAUUGAUAAUAGAAGACUUUCACAUGUACAACGUUCCGCUUUGAUAAAAGCACAUAAACCGCACACACAGACACACAUAUUCAUGUUCAUAAUCUCUGUCUUAUUUGCAUGUUUGUAUAAAUAUUAGUUGCGGCAACGGUUUUUUGCAUAGUUCGGCGUUAAAAUGGUGCGAGUGCUGUUCUGUUUCGCCGCCUUAGUGCUCGUCGCUUCCUCCGAAUUGGAGUCCAAUUUCUACAGAGAGGAAGUCUGCGCGUCAAAAGGGGGCUAUUGUCUGACGGCGGACGAAUGCCCGACCAAAAACCUGAGCGAGGAACUCGAAUCCGCGUGUCCGACCCAGAAAAGUUUGGGGGCCGUCUGUUGUCCGAACUACACCGGCGACCUGAACUGCUAUCAGACCCAUAACUCGUGCCGGCCGUCCGACAAAUGCAAGAAGGACCUGAUCCUGGGCAAGAAGGGGUGUAAGGGGGAUAAAAUAUGUUGCACGCUAGUCUAGCAUUUAUUGCGGGUAUUUAAAUGUGGUACAAUAAAUAAAUAAAGUUAACGUAAUUAUAAUUUUAAGCGAA